UGAGGAACCUGCUGGAGAAAUAAACAGCUAGAACCCAAACACAUGGCAGGUACCGUUUUUCUGGCCAGGUGCUGAGGGAUUUUCUCAAUGGAGGAGCCGAUCUUGCGUAAUGCUCGAAUGAGAGUCUAGACUGUGCACGAUGGAGGGAUGGGAUGCAAACCAUCUGUUGCGUUAGAAGGAAAGCAGGGGAAGCAUCUGUGCGUGAACAGACAUUGAGAACCGAGACAUCACUGUGCAAUUACAGAACUGUUUUUACUGUUUGGACCAUUAUUCAUAGUCACACCUCAUUUUGAUCUGAACAUCUUCCAGUUCUCAGUGGUUGUUCCUCAUGCACUGAGCAAGUGAUGCAUGCUAACACCGUGGCUUUACCUUCAGCUGUCUAACAGUCUGAGCUCAACCUUCUGAACCCUUCAGGUGUGUUAAUAUUCACUGGUUUUACUCCACUGCAGCCGUCUCUCAUCUCACAAGGGCUCCACAUGAGCAACUCAGGGACCCUUCAGCGUCGAACCACCUACCUCAUCUCCCUCACUCUGGUCAAGGUCGAGGCCAUAGGGAGCGAUGAAGGGACCAAUGAGGAGACCAAACCCCAGAGUCCCACCUCAGCCCUGGGGCUCGUUCAGGGCCCUGAAGAUGGAGCAAAAACAAAGGAAGAGAAGAGCAAGCCUCCAGAGGACGAUAAAGAACUGGGACGUUCUGAGAUGAAGGAGCAGAAGGUGGAGAUUAAGAAGACUAACAGGAGCAACAAUGGAUGUCUGAUUAGGACGCUUCCUCCAAAACCCAAGGUUCCAAGUUAUCCUCCUGUGGUGAGUCAGUAUAAAGUGAGGGAACUUCAGAAAGAUACCAGAGUUCCUCCUGAUAGCAAAGAGAGGCGGGACGAGGAGAAGGCAAAGACGGAUGUCCCUAAAACGGAUAUUUACAAACCAGACUUCUACACCCCAUCUUCAGAAAGGACCUCAGAUGAUGUUGUGUCAAAUGGAACCUCAGUCCGUCCCAGCAUUCCAAUCCGUCUAAUCCAGCGUCCUGAGACGGCCCUGAGACCUCAUGCUACAGUAACCAUGAAUCGACGUGAGUACAAGGACACCAGCAAGACUGUUUCCUCCUCUGCCAAGAGCCUGGAUGUCAAAGCUAGAGAACACUCACCUCCAGUGACCAUCACCAUGACUAUGGGGCCGUAUCGGGCUUCCUGGUCAGAAAGUGAAGGCAGAGGGAUGUACCAGCGUCUGGCCAUGGAACCUUUAAUGGUAGCAGAGGAAGGACAUUCGACGCGAGAAAGCCCUCGAGUGGAAAAGCUUAAAACCAUCUCCACAUCUCUCCCAGCUCCAGCCUCCACACGACCUCCUGCGAAACCACAACGCAAGGGGAAGAGCCGCACUCUGGACAACAGCGACCUGAACCUGCUUUCUGAGGAUCUAAAGAAGGGAAAGGAGCCCCACAUUGGAGCUGGACCACGUUCUUCUACUCAUGCUCCAGGAAAAGACAGAAAAAUGCUCAAGUUCAUCAGCGGCAUCUUUACCAAGAGUACCCAGUGUCCUGUGACGGCUCCGGUGGUUCCUGCCACGCCCAUUCCUCUGCACAGCCCCCUGAGGAGACGCUCGAGUGAGGAAGAAGUGAGUCAGGAGUGGUUGUUGAGUCGAGCUCUUCAGGAUCUCCAUCUGGCAGUGCUGGGCAGCCUGCGCAGCGGCAAAUCAGCACUCGUCCAUCGCUACAUGACCGGCCGUUACCUCGCGCUCGAGACUCCUGAAGUGUGUAGGUUUGAGAAGGAGGUGCUGAUUGAUGGACAGAAUCAUAACCUACUGAUCCGAGACGAGGCGGGACUCCCAGACUCACAGUUGUGUAGUUGGCUGGAUGGAGUGAUUCUGGUGUUCAGUUUGGAGAAUGAAAGCAGCUUCCUGGAGGUUUAUAACAUUUACAGAGAGCUGUGUGUGAAUCGGAACGUCGCUGAAAUCCCUUUCAUUGUGGUCGGUACUCAGGAUAAGAUAACGAGUGCUAAUCCCCGUGUGAUUGAUGACACUCGGGCGAGACAGCUGUGUUCCGAUGUCCACCGCUGUGUUUAUUAUGAGACCUGCGCCACCUACGGCCUGAACGUCAACCGCGUCUUUACUGAUGCUGCACAGAAGAUUGUUUCGAUGAAGCGACAGCUGGCUCUCUACACAUCCUGUAAGUCUUUACCCAAUUCUCCCAGUCACUCAGGCGGAUCCACACCACUGUGUGCAGCUUUUACACCACAGGCCAGUAAUGGAGGUCAGAGCAGUGAUUAUUCCUCCUCUCUUCCUUCCACUCCGGUCAUCACUCAUAAACACAUCAGCAUGGCGUCUGGAGGAGAGAAACUCAGCCGAACAGCUCAAUUCACACUGCGCAGAGGAAGUGACUCAGACCGAAGGAGUGCAGACAGUCGAGCAGAUUUUGGAAUCGGACGCACAAUCCCAAUUAAACAGAGUGUGUUGCUGAAGCGCAGUGGAAGUUCUCUUAAACAGGAGUGGAAGAAAAAAUAUGUGACGUUAUCCGCUAACGGCACACUGAGUUACCAUGCCAACGUUAGCGACUACAUGCAGAACGUUAACGGUAAAGAAAUCGAUCUGCUCCGUGUGACGGUUAAAGUUCCAGGGAAACGCCCCCCGCGGGCUGUACCAUCCUCUGCACCCCCGCCUGGGCUGAAUGGAACAUUCCAGAGUGAGCUCACAGCAGACGACACCUGUUCAGCCUCCAUGUUGGCGAGCGCUCAUUUAUCAGUGGAUGAUGGAGGAGUGUACGGACAGAGAACACCGUUUACUCUCUCCUCCGUGCACAACAUCGAUAUCGAGGGUGUGUUGAUGAAAGACCCGAGCACGUCUCCUACAGUGGACAGGAAGAAGCAGCGGAGGAAGAAGAACGUGACUCAGAGGUCAGAGAGCACGCUGGGACACGCUGAAGCCAAACGCAAGAUGUGGAAAUUAAAAAGUUUCGGCAGCCUGAAAAACAUAAACAGGACAGAUGAUGAGAACUGUGAGUUCCUGAUCGUGUCCAGUUCGGGGCAGACGUGGCAUUUCGAGGCUCAGAGUGCAGAGGAGAGAGACUCGUGGGUUCAGAACAUUGAGAAUCAGAUCCUCGCCAGUUUACAGAGCUGCGAGAGCAGCAGGCACAAGGCGAGGAGGAACAGUCUGAGUGAAGCCGUGGCGAUUCAGGCCGUACGGAACGCGAAAGGAAACGCUUUCUGUGUGGAUUGUGAUGCGCCCAAUCCGACAUGGGCCAGUCUGAACCUCGGGGCUCUGAUCUGUAUUGAGUGUUCGGGGAUCCACAGGAACCUGGGAACUCACCUGUCCCGCGUCCGCUCUCUGGACCUGGAUGACUGGCCCUACGAGCUCACACUGGUCCUCAUCACUAUCGGAAACCACAUGACCAACAGCAUCUGGGAGAAACGCACGAGAGGACGCCAGAAACCGCGACCCGACGCCACGCGGGAGGAGCGUGAGGCAUGGAUUCGGGGGAAAUAUGAGCAAAAGUUGUUUUUAGCUCCUCUCUCCUCUCUGACUGAUGGAUCAGACGCUCCUCUCUCAGCCCGCCUCCAUGCCGCUGUGAUUGACAGGGACCUGCCCAGACUCCUCCUAUUGUUAGCUCACAGCACGAAAGAGGAGAUCAAUGCUCCGCCCCCUUAUAUGAUUCGCUAUGGUAAUGGAGGAGUGCACCAAUCGCAGUCGGCCCUGCACGCGGCGUGUCAGCUGGGGGACGUGGUCAUGACGCAGCUGCUGAUCUGGUACGGCAGUGACGUGAGGAGUGUGGACUCUGUGGGACAGACGGCACUCACUCUGGCCCGGCGAGCGUGCAGUCAGGUGUGUGUGGAGAUCCUGCUGCAGUACGGUUGUCCCAGUGAGAUCAGUCCCACCAUGUCCUCGGCCUCCAUCACGUCUCCGUCAGGAGCAGCCAGCCCCAGCCUCUCGCGCAACAGCAGCUCCACCAGUCUGAGCCGCGGCAGCAACAAGAGACACCUGUCCUGAAGGCCCAACAUGUUGAAAUAAUCCCUAACAGAAAUGAUUUUCCUGUGAACUAAACCGAGGCGUCAGAUUUCAUUGUCAAUCCUGUGUGAAGUCCUGAUGUGUGAAGAGGAUCAUGAAUUAUUUGCCAGAAUAAAAUUGGGAUUAAUUUCUGCUUCAAUACUGUGAUAUAAAGAUUAACGCCGCAGAGACGCACUGAGAUCAUCAACCACUUUCGAGGAACAUGCUUUGAACAAAAAUCAGAAAUCAAUAAGUAAUUAAAUCGCGUGUACAUAUAGAGUAAGAGUCGAGAAUAUUUGUACUUCAGAGAGAGAGAGAGAGAGAGAUUACAUGAUGAAAUGUAUAGGAAAUUAAAACAAUAGGAAUUAAAUGAUUAUCAUUUUUAGUUGAUUAUUAUUGUAUGGGUUGAAUAAGUUUGUUCAAGUCUGAUCCCCAACCUCACACACACUGAUUAGCCUGCGUUAGCAUGCUGUGAAAUAAGCUAGUGUGUUAGUAAAACAUAAAUAAUUAGCUAAUAGUGCUAUAAAAUAAGAAAGUAUUAAAUAUAUUCAGCUGGCAUUAGCAAAACAUCAACUAAAUAUCUUAAAAUGUAUUUAAUAAAAUAAACGUUAUAAAAUAAGAGUUGGGCUGAGUCGGGGGGACGGCUCAUCCAUCAGAGGCACUUUAGGCAAAUAAAAAGAAUAUUAAAAAUAAUUUGAACCAAGUACAGUUCUAGUGUUUUCACGCAAUUCAUCAUCUUCUUCUACCUUCAUUACAGACGAGAAAUGUAUCAAGUGGGCCGAGAGGAAGUGGACAGGGGGACGUGAUAGACAGCACUGAGAUGCAGCUCUGAGAUCUGCUUUAUUUACAUUUUUAAUCAAGUUGAAGGUUCACUAUAACUGACUUUCCAUUUUGUAAUCGAAUCUGUAGUUAAAUAUGAAAACAUUCAGUAGUGAAGGUUAAGAAUCAACGCUUUGGACCUGAACUUACUGUUAAUCAGCAUUUGUUUUUUGUUUGUUUUUUUACGGCUCGCCAAACUGAUUUAAUGCCUUGUGUUUCAUUUGAAUGUAUUUCAGACUCUCAUGUUCUUAAUGCAGUGUUUCUGACUGAGCUGAUGUCGUGUGUGUGUGUGUGUGUGUGUGUGUGUGUGUGGUUGCCGAUUGUGCCAUUAAACUCAUAAAGCAGCACAUUCCUCACAUUCCUCCCUCUGAAGCUGAGUGUGUUGUGGUUCCUUGUCGUUGGAGAGCAGAGGAACGCUCCAUGGUGACGGAUGAAGACGAGCGUCAUGCCGAAUCCGCCAGCUCGUGAUGUAGUGUUGAACGUUUACACUUAGUAUUUUGCAGGUUUUUCUUUUUUCUAGUAAAUCAGACAUACUCUAGGAAAAGUACAGAUAAAUAAACAUCCGAUGUGUUUCAGUAACUUCAUCUCUCCACUUUAGUGCUUCUGCUUUUCUCUGUGACUUUCUUCAUUUUUGCAGUUUUGACUGAAUGCAUUGAUUCA